AUGAGGUUAAUAUGUUUCUGGUGUGUCAUCGUGGCAGUUGCGCACGCGCAAGAAAGCGAGUACUAUGCGCCGCAGACGUUUAAACAGGUGGAUCCCUACGGAAAGCAGUUGUUCAACCCAAGCGAUGAUGUCACUCCUCAAGGUACCACCGCGCAGUCCUGGAGACCCAACGCUCCUCCACCGGUGUACGAAAACUAUAGAGGAACUGACAGUCCGAGAGCAGAAGCAUGGCGAUUGCCGUAUGGAGGAAUAUCAAAAGAACAACAGGCGGCCAUUUUGCAUCACAAACAAUCUUUGAGCUCAGAGGGUGCCUUCCGUUUUGAAUAUGCAUCUGACAAUGGUUUAGCUGCAGGAGAAGUGAUAGAGCCUGAUGGUUCAAGAGUUGGGGCCUAUCAGUACAAAGAUCCAAGUGGUCAGCUGGUGAAGCUAAAGUAUAGAGCUGGCAAGGAAGGCUUUCAGAUUCUUGAAGGCAGCCAUUUACCGAAAAGCCCCGAACCAGUAGCGCCACCAGCACAAAAUAACUACCACACGCAAGCGUAUGAGCAACAACGUAGACAAUACGAACUGCAGAAGGAGUACAAUCAGCAGCGGCCUGAACCACAAAACUGGCAGAGUCAGGGUCCCGAACCUCAAAGAGGCGCAGGCAGUCAGUACUACACCCAAAAUUGGAGACCAGAUGGCCGUGAUGAUGGACAGUACCGAGACAAUGACAUAGAAGAACAAAGUAGAGGCCCACAUUCGUUUGGAGAGGGAUACGCAUUUGCAUUCAAAGGA